AUGAAUAAUAAUCAAUCAUUAGAAGAUAUUGAUUAAUAUCUUCAUUCAUAUGGAACAUAAUAAUCUAUACCAAAUAUUCUGUAAUAAGCUAUUACUUAGGACUAAAUGUUGGCUUAAAAUGUUAGACUAUUACAAUAAUUGCAUGAACAAUAAUCUAUUUUGAAUUUACAAAGUUUAAUGAUACUCAAUCCUAUGGUUCAAACUUAAGUGAACUAAGAUAGUAAAAAGAUUAAAAAAUCAUUUAAAACCAUAUAAGUAAUACCACCAGUAAAUACAAGGGAAGAUGCAUAACAUCUCUAAGAAAUUAAAGGAAAUGUUAAGAAUGCCUAUAUAAAGAAAAUAGUUUCAUUAUUAAGUGUAGAAGGUGAUAAAUUGUUAGAUGAAGAUUUUCCUGAGGAUUUAGAUAUUGAGAGUUGUUCAGAGUUUCAAAAAUAAGAUAAGUUGAAUGGAAUGUUAAAUUGUAACAACGACCAAAUAUAAAUGAAAUAAAAAGGCCGGUAAAGUGCAAAGAUGUCAAGACUAAGAAAAAAAUUUUAUAUAAAAUUGUUGGAGAAAAAAGUAUGAUAUAAUGUAAUUUAUAUAUAGGUUUCAGAUUUAGAUUAAUAAAUAUCAGAAUAUAAGAAAACCACCCGUUAAUCAUUUGAAUAUUUGACUUAAAUUUUACAGUCGCAUCCUAUAUUAAAUAGUAUGAUAAUAGGGAAUUCUGCAGCAAUAGAUUAGGUUAUUGAAUGUUAAAGUUCUGAUUAAGCCUAAUUGAUAUUGGAUUCAUAUCUUGUAAGAAUUCAACUAAAUAAUAGAUGAGAUAUGGAAUAUGUGGAAUUAAGAGAAGAGAUUAUUUCAAAUAUGCAGUAAAAAAUAUUUAAAAGAACUUUUUGAAAGGGAAUCAUGGUCUUUUAUUAAUGAGUUGGAAUAAAGACAUACAGAAUUGUAUAUGACAGUCACUUAUUUGUAGAUGAUCAAGAUUUUAAUCAUUAUGUGGAAAUAGUAAAGAAAGAAGCCAAGUUAGUAGAUGAUAAUCAAGUUUACAAAAUAUUGCCAACAGUAGAUAAAAUGUUAAAUCAUCGGAAAUUAUCUUAAUAGUAUACUUAACAACAAUUAUGAUAGAUUAUUAUUAAAAUUCAAUUAAGAUAUCAAAAAUUUAAGAACCUUGUAAUAAGAUGUAGAAGAAACAGUAAAUUAAUUUACUUAAUGCUUAAGUCCCAUUUAGCAUUUAGAUUUUAUUAAGUUGAUAGAGAAAUUGAGAUCUUUCAAUCGGUUUACAAAAUGA